AUGGCUGAGACAAGCUUUGUUUUGGGUCUGACUACUUCUAGUGCUCUGAGAAAGUGGUACCACACAGCAAAUCCUCAAACAACUGAGACGGAGGUCGAAGAUGCAUACAACAAAUAUAAAGACUUUUAUGCCAAGUACCAUAGCGACCACCCCGCAGUAAUCACAGACUGCUAUGCUGAAUAUCUUGCAACACUCGAUAAGCAAGCCCGCAACGUCGCGGAGAACAUAGUCGCCGCAGCCGCGGCUGAAGGCCCUGGCACCGUGCCAGUAUUGGUGGCCCAGGGGUUCACAGAGGACGCUCGAACGUAUGCAAGGAUUAAUGGAGUUGUCCUCUGUGACCACGAAGACGUGGCCAAUCAACUGGUGCUCUCUUCCGUGCGCCACAAUGCGGAGAGGAGGGCGCGGGAGGAGGAGUUGGGCAGGCGGCAGGGUGAGUCGGCUGCGCUGCACCAGUUGUCCGCGGAGAUGAUGGCUGGGCAGCGGCAGUUGGCCGAGGAUAUGGUCGCGGGGUUUGCUGCGCAGCGGCGUGCGUUUGCGAGAUUGGAGAGGAUGGUUUUUGUUGUAUUAAUGGUGGUUGUGGCCAGAUGGCUUUUAUAA